AUGAGCCCCAGUAAAAAAAAAAAAAACUUUCAAAAAAAUCUUUCACAGAGUCAUCUCACUCUCCUUCUCGAAAAACUCAAGUCGCUAGGCACUGAUGUUUUCCCCGAGGGCGCCCUCUUGUCUUUGGAUCAGCAGAGCGCGUACGAUCGGGUCGAUCACGCCUGGAUCUUCGAGGUCUUUGAGGCCUUUGGGUUCGGUGAGCGUUUCAUCUCGCUGCUGCGCGCUCUCUACGAUCCCGAGACUCUGGGGGUGCGCUACCUUGUCAAUGGGUUCCCCACGGACUUGGUGCGGUUGCUGUGUGGUCUCGGUCAGGGGGAUCCCCUCUCGUGCCCGGUUUGGAACAUCACGUUCCAGCCCUUCCUCGACGCCCUCGUUCGGCGCGGGAUCGCGCUCGACCUGCAGAAGGUGUGGCCAGGGGGGCCGCGUGCGCAGCUUACGCAUCUGGCGUUUGCCGACGAUGCUGUGGUGGUGGUGGAGUCACCGGCGGCAUUGUCGAAGCUGCAAACGCUGUCGCAGACGUGGUACGAGGCUACCAACGGGAAGACCAACACGGACAAGACGCUGGUGCUACCACUCGGACCGAACUGGCUUCGGGACGAGACUGCGCAGGCGCUGCCAACGGUGCAGGAGGGGGAGAGCUUCAAGUGGUGCGGCUAUGCCUUCUUUCGCCACGGUGACUCGAAACUGUUUUGGACCCAUGUUCUUGACAGGAUCAAGGCCAAGGCCCGCGCCGCUCGAGACCGGACACUUUCGCCGAGUGGGAAGGUUUUCUAUGCCAACGCUCACAUCAUCUCGACGGUCCUCCACGUGCUGUCCUUCGACAUACCGCCUCAAUGGUUCAUUAAGGCGGCGGAGACGGCACUUACGGACUUUGUCUGGGGAGGAGCAGGGCGAAAUACCGUCGCUCGCGAUUUCGUGUUCCAGGCUCGGGAGGACGGUGGCUUGGGUUUGAUUUCGAUUGGCGACAUCGUUCAUUCGGUGGCGCUUCGAUUUUGGGAUGCUGUGGCGGGCUCGGACGAGGCGAUCUGGGCGCCCCUAGCUCGCGAGAGCUGGAGGUCCCUCGUCGCUGCGACCCGCGAUUUCAGUCCGUGGGGGUUCUUCAGCAGCACGGCUCGGGUCGAGAAGCUGUAUCGCGACUCGACGCGCUGGGGGGCAGUCGUUGCAGCGGCCAGGGUCACAGUUCCAACCAUCAAGUCCGAACUCCUUACGCUUCCCGAAUUGCUCUCGCUUCCGCCUCGCCUCCCUUCACUCUAUGCUGAAGGUGCCCAGCACGCAUAUGACGAUGCGGACGCGGUGGCGAAGUUUGCGCAGAUCGCGGACCUGUACUGGAGGGACGAAGGGAAGGGAUGGGCUCUGGUUGGUCAUCGACGCGGGUUCUGGCAGCACUCUAAGGAACCCGCCCUACAGCACGAGCACGUGUGGUCGCGCGUGGGUCAGUUGCUCAAGGCGAAAGCGUUGCUGCCCAAGACCGCGUUGCGACCUGCUCGGAUACCUCUCAAGGAGGCUCCCCGUCCUCGGUGCUUCAACUUCUUUGGGCUCUCCCGAUCUUUUACGAUUCGCAAGCUUCGUCGGCUUGUGAACAAGGUGCGGUUCCCAGGGAGGGAGGACCGUGUCAAGCGUUUCCCUGAUGGGACUUCUCAGAGCGAUAGGAAGCGCUUCUGGAGAUGGCUUCAUGACCGGUUCGCGUCUGCUGUCGAGCAGGACACCCACUGGCGGCUCAUGUACGACGUGACGCCGACGCGCAAGAGGCAGCAUACUCAGGGUCACGCCUCUUCGCCGACGUGUCUGUUCUGUGGCAACGAUGCAGCGGUCAUCGAGACGGUGUCCCACUACUUUUUCGAGUGCGCGUACUCGACCAGCUUCUGGGGUGGGGUGCUACGCAUUCUGCUUGACAAGCUCGGCAUCGAGGAUACCGACGUCGAUCCGUCGACGUUCACUCCGGAGCAGCUGACUAUGGGGCUCCCCCUUUUGCGGGGUCGUGGGAGAACGACCUCGAAAUGGAUGUGGGUUCGGCUGGCCUGCGCGAUCGGCUUCCAGCGGCUGCACCUGCUCCGCUGGCGCGUUCAUCAGCGGUUCGAGCUGGACAACGUCGUGGCCCCUCCCUCGCUUCCCAGUGCGCUCAGAGCGUUCGAGCGAGAUUUUCUCUCUCGAGCGGGUUUUGUGCCUGGGGUUCGAGAUUGGGAGGUGUGAUGACCGAGUUAAGUCCUUCCUUCCCAUUUUCCUCCCUUCCUUUCCGGUCAGAAGCUGACUGUCUUGAAACUUGUUGCGCAGUGGAAGGCUGCGCACCUCUCCCUCUCUCUACUUUGUGCAGUAGCGGUUUUCGUUCUUGGAUGGAUCGGCAAGCCGGUCGAUCGUCGUUGCGUUGGAGGCUUUGUGAAGUUCUCCCCUCUCUUUCCCCUUUCUCCCUUCCCUUCCUCUUCUCGUUCCUGUUGCUCGGUUGUUGACUACGCUUCAGCCACUUCUCCUUUUAUUCCUAAGCCGUGUGUUGGAUUCCGUCGAAUAGAUCGUUCGUUGGCGUUGGUCAAGAUCUACGGCAUGGAUCGGGAAGAAAGGUCGCUCGUUUUUUUGGUCAAUAUCCUCGCGUCAAGGCGAGGCUCGUUUCGUUGUAUUGGAUCGUUUUCGCUCGGCCCUGACGGCUCAACAGCCAGCACUCGAGACUCAGCCAAGGGAGGACAUCAGGCGCUGUCGGGGUGACGAGUAG